UCAUGUCUUCAGGAAACGCCUUCGUGGUGAGUCUGGCUCUUGCUGACCUGGUAGUCGCCAUCUAUCCCUACCCGCUGGUCCUGACCGCCAUCUUCCACGACGGCUGGAUCGCCGGCUACAUUCACUGUCAGAUCAGCGGCUUCCUGAUGGGCCUCAGCGUCAUUGGCUCCAUCUUCAACAUCACGGGCAUCGCCAUCAACCGCUACUGCUACAUCUGCCACAGCCUUAAGUACGACAAACUCUUCUCCAACAGCAACACCAUGUGCUACGUUGUCAUCGUCUGGGCGCUCACCAUCCUCGCCAUCGUGCCAAACUGGUUCGUGGAGUCACUGCAGUACGACCCGCGGGUGUACUCCUGCACCUUCGCCCAGUCGGUCAGCUCGUUGUACACCAUCACGGUGGUGGUGGUGCACUUCAUCCUGCCCAUCGGCAUCGUCAGCUACUGCUACCUGCGGAUCUGGAUCCUCGUGAUCCAGGUGAGGCGGAGGGUCAAGCCGGAUUCGCGGCCAAAGAUUAAGCCACACGACCUUCGCAACUUCCUCACCAUGUUUGUGGUAUUCGUGCUCUUCGCCGUCUGCUGGGCGCCGCUGAAUCUGAUCGGCCUGGCCGUGGCGCUGGACUCCAGGCUGAGCCAGGCGAUACCGGAGUGGCUGUUCACGGCCAGCUACUUCAUGGCGUACUUCAACAGCUGCCUCAACGCCGUCGUCUACGGCGUCCUAAACCACAACUUCAGGAAGGAGUACAAGAGGAUCGUCCUGAUCAUCUUCAAGUUUCACUGCUGAGAUGGAACACUGUGGUGAAGGCUGGCGGC